CAAACAAUAUCCGCCCAAACUGCAAACUGCGGUGAAGCGGCAAUUGAUCUGACCAAAUUGCAAAAGCCGUGGAAGGUGCCCGCACAAGCUUUAACCGAGGCUACCACGUGUGACUAUACCCUUACGGGUACCGCGGGGAAGAAGUAUCAACUGCAGAUUACCGAACUCAAAGUCGGAACAAGUGACACAUGCACCGAAGAUUUCGUUCAAGUUAGCUUUAACGGCAAAUUCGAUGGUGACACGUACAAGGUAUGCGGCACAAACGCUCCGCAACAGCCACUAGUUUCGACAUCACACGAGAUCAAGGUGAAGUUCAAAUCUUCAUUGGAUAAUGCAGCCACAAAUUCACUAACGGCCACAAUAACGGAAGUUCCGGAUCAGGGCUCACAAGACCCGAAGUGCGGCGAAGCGGCAGUUGAUCUGACCAAAUUGCAAAAGCCGUGGAAGGUGCCCGCACAAGCUUUAACCGAGGCUACCACGUAAGUGAUUCGUCGAAUCACUGUAUUCAACGAAUUUCUCCCCGGGUCAUCUCGAAAUGAUCGAAUUCAUCUGGUUGAACUCACUCAUCUUCAAAGUCAGAUUGUUGACAACUCCAAUGGAGCACAAUCAACCCCGAAGUUCUGCAUCCCGUUGGUGAUCGUGCAUCGAAAUUUGACCGUAAUGGUAAUUGGUGGAGUGGACAAUAGUUAUCGAUUCUCAAAGCAUAAUCAGGACGGCAAAAAUGCCACGGAGAACACUGUGUUGAAAGACAAUUGGUUUCAUCUUGUGGAAGCGGACAAUCGGCUGAUGCACUGA